CUGGUGAAAGGAAACAUCCUGAACAUGUGACAUAAAACAACCAAUCAACGCUCGUGCGGGAGUACGUUAAGCAACAGAGCGAAGAUGGCCGAAGUAGAUUUUGGUGACAGUGAACUCUUUGAACAAUUGGGAGAGAGUAUGCCUACUGCAACUCACAUUCGGUUCACGGAGGAAGAGGAGGAUGGAGAAGAAGGCUCUGAACUCAAGGGAAGAUUGGGGGAGUGUGAGGAAACAAUACGGAGUUUGAUAGAAGAGAACCAAGAGUUGAAAAGAAAAUUGAAAGUGUUGACAAGGCCAAGUGGCAUUAAUGUUGAAAACAUCAAGAUUGAUGGUCCUCUUCUACACAUCCUCUUUGCAAACAAUAACAUCUCAAAGCAAUGCCGUCAAGAAAUUGAAGACUACAUCUGUAGUAUUGUUCAGAAACAUCAGCAGCAGGGAGUAGUUGAAAAAGGAAAUCCCUACGGAAAUGUCAACCCUCAGUCUUCAAGUUUCAUUAUGGAAGAAGAUCAGAAGACCAAGACCUCCUGUGGAAUCAAAAAGAUUAAGGAGGCCUUCAGUAUGGUGGGAAGUGUCCUGUAUUUCACCAGUUUCUGUCUGGACAAACUUGGACAGCCGCUGCUAAAUGAUAACCCCCAGCAGACAGAAGGAUGGGAGGUUCCAAAAUAUCAGCAGAUCUUCAGCCAGGUCAUUGCCUUAGAUGGACAAGAAGUACAGAUGAAAGAGAAAAGAGCUAAGCCUUGUUGUUUCAACUGUGGGUUGGAUGGUCAUCAACUUCGAGACUGUCCUCAGCCAAAGGACAUGGCCAGAAUCAACAAGAAGCGGAAGGAGUUUUGUCACGGUAACCAGGGAAACCUGAGCAAUCAGCGCUACCAUGCUGAGGAAGUGGAGGAGCGAUUUGCCAAAUACAAACCUGGAUUCAUAAGUGAGAAGCUGCUGUCUGCACUGGGAGUUGAUAUGAACACACUACCACCUCACAUCUACCGCAUGAGGCAGCUAGGCUACCCACCUGGUUGGCUUAAGGAGGCAGAGAUGGAGAACUCCGGUCUCAUGCUAUAUGAUGGGAAGGUUUCAAGUGAUGAAGAACCAACUGGGGACAAUGGACAAAAAAUCUCCUAUGAUGUUUCCAAGCUUGUAGAUUUCCCAGGCUUCAAUAUAUCUUCACCCCCUAGUGUGAAGGAUGACUACAGGCUAUAUGGCUCUAUUCCAAUGCAGCAUAAUCACAUGAAGCAGAAUUUUGCUGCUUAUCUGUCUAACAAUUUUCCAAUGCCUGGUGCCAACUGCAAUAAAAGACCACAUGAAUCCAACUCAACUCCCCGGCAGACAAAGAAAAGGAGAUCUGAUGCCAGGAGUUCAGAUAUGGACAUUGAUUCAGACCAGGAUACUACACCCCGCCGCCACCGGAGCUCAGACAGCUUCCAGUUCCAGCCCCCACUGCCCCCUUCCUCACCAUCCUUUGGUUCACCCCCUCCCUUACCUCAUGGUACUCCGCCAGCUACUCCCACACCACCUCUUCCUAAGGGAACACCUCCCCCCACGCCCACUAAUGGCUCAAGGGCACUGCGGGGACGCACUGUGGGAGGGAGUGAGGAGUCUGCAGGCGGGGGGGAGGAAGAGCUGACACUGGAAGAGCUGGAGGAGCAGCAGAGGCUGAUCUGGGCAGCAUUGGAAAAUGCUGACACCGCCACCAACAGUGAAUCUGAGACACAAGCUGUUGGAACACCCCUCCCCAGCUCGCCCAGCGUCUCCACACCCGCCCAUGUUGACACUGAAACUGAACUGGAGGAUGGUGAGGCUGAAGAUUAUGAGGAAAAGGAGGGAUUUAUAGAGGCUGCCAGCCACAACAGUGAUGUGCAGAUCAGUGUUGAGACAUCUUCUAGCAAAUGUCAGGAUUAUGAGGAAGAUGCUGAAGAUAAAGGCAAGGUGGUUGAAGACAAGAGCAGCUUACUGCAAUCACCAGAUGAAGAAGAGAGCCCUCAGAGCCCUGAAGCUGCCACAGAUGGAGGCAAUGUGCUUGCACAGAAGGUCAGAUUGCUGCAAACGCCAGUGCAACAAGUGAGUCGUCAGUCGGAUCCCUCAGGUCAAGAUGCUAUGGAGGGAGAUCUGUCUGACUCUUUGGGGAAUGUAAUGGCCGUGCCUCACCGGAGUAGGUUUGCACAGGGCAUUAUUCCCUUUGAGGACACGCCAGAAUUCACAGAAGUUGCUGAGGCCACCGGGACAUACCUUCGAAUCCGAGACUUGCUGAAAGGUUCCCCCCGAAAUAUGGCGAAAAUCAAAAAGUGAGAAAAGACUGGCUUGAAUUCAAAUCCAGGGAUUAUUUUGCAUAAACCUUUUUUUAUUUUUUAUUUUUUUACAAGUCUGUUGAUUUCAUACACUUUCCUUUCUGUAAGUGUGCCACAGAAAUUGGAGCGGAACAGUUUGGUGACCUCAUUCAAACAUCCUUUUUAAUAUUUUAUUUUUUGUACUAAACUGAAUGUUUUUUCUGUGUAUGAGUUAGCUGGGGUCUAAAGAUGCAAGGUUUUUCUUUCAGGAAACCCCAUUGCUAGUUUAGGUAGUGUCUGUUUUGACAUUCACAGAAUCAUUUUUGUAGCAAUGACAACAUCCAUAUUGCACUUUUUAGGUGUAAAGAUUUUAUAAAAUGUUUUUCCUCUUUCUGUUUUUACCAUCAAUUGAUAAUUUUACAGUUACAUGGUCUCAUUGCUGUCUAGGUGCGCCUCCUUUUCUCAUGGUUCAAGAAGCCUCCCAUUGGCUACUCUUAUCAAAUAAGGACAUUCAUUUUGAUCUUCUUUUAAAGUUAAUUUGAAACUCGUUGAUUUUUACAAUUCUAUCUUGACACAGGAAAUGAGUCUCUGCAUUCAGAAUCUCACUACAGCAAUAUGGCUGUGCAUAAUCUCAUGUUUAUUAUAUAUUUUUUAAAGUAUCUAUUUUUUUUCUCCACAAUUUCGUGGUGUCCAAUUGGUAGUUAGUCUUGUCUCAUCGCUGCAACUCCCGUAUGGACUCGGGAGAGGCGAAGGCCAAGAGCCGUGCGUUCUCCGAAGCACAACCCAGCCAAGCUGCACUGCUUCUUGACACAAUGCCCACUUAACCCGGAAACCAGCCUCGCCAAUGUGUCGGCGGAAACGCCGUACACCUGGCGACCGUGUCAGUGUGCACUGCGCCCGCCCCGCCACAGGAAUUGCUAGUGCGGGAUGGGACAAGGACAUCCCUGCCGGCCAAAUCCUCGCUUAACGCAGACGACACUGGGCCAAUUGUGCGCUGCCCCAUGGGUCUCCCGGUCGCGGCCGGCUGCGACAGAGCCUGGGCUCAACCCAGAUUCUCUAGAUGUUGAUUUAUUUUUAAGUAACAACCAUUGCUGUCAGCAUCAAAUACAUCUAUGCUCUAAUUGCUACUACAGAAUGACACUAGAUGGCAGCAACACUUCAUUUGACCACUACAUUACAUUUGACUAUUUAUAUUUAUUAAGGAUCCCCAUUCUUCCUGGGGUCCAGCAACAUUAAGGCAGUUAUAUACCAUUUAAAAUAUUGCAUGACAUAACACUUUUCACAAUCCAUUAAGUGUGUGCCCUCAGGCCACUAGUCUAUCACACAUCUACAAUACCAAAUCCAUGUGUACUUGUGUGUUUGUUCUUCACAGUCCCCACGGUUCCAUAAUGUGUAUUUUUAUAUAUUUUUUAUCUGAUUCUACUGCUUGUAUUAGCUACCUGAUGUGGAAUGGAGUUCCAUGGCUCUAUGAAGUAGAGGUCGACCGAUUAUGAUUUUUCAAUACCGAUAACGAUUAUUGGAGGACAAAAAAGUCGAUACCGAUUAAUCGGCCGAUUAUUAGAAAUAAAAAAUAAAAAUAUAUAUUUUUAAAUAUAUAUAUAUAUCACACACAAAUUUUUGUAAUAAUGACAAUUGCAACAAUACUCAAUGAACACUUUUAUUUUAACUUAAUAUAACACAUAAAUACACACACGCACACAGCUCUGAAGUGACAAUGAUACUGAAGAGUCUGCUUAGGAGACAAAUACUCUCAAUUGUUUGAAUAAAAAUAGAGUUUAAGUUACCUGCGAUGAAUGUUGAAAACAAACUUUAAUUUCUAUAUGCAGGAAAUCCUAUUUUAAUAAUGGGCAUGGUAAGAAUUGAAAGUGCGAGUCAUAAUUCCCAUGAUACCUAGCAAAAUCUGAAAGCGGUUCCUUCAUUUAUUCCAUGGGAUAUUUUUUAGAUUCACGUAAAAUAAGGUCUGUGUUUCGUGUAGGCUUACAUCACCGUACCAAUUUUAUAACUGUGUAGAUAUCCAUAGGACAAGGUAACUCUGAUCAAUAUUGGCUAAAUAUAAGCGAAGAUAAAAAAAAUUGUAGAGUGGAUUUAUGAAAAUAUGUUGACAAACGUUACCUUAUCCUAGUGAGAUUUACACGGGUAUCAAAACGUCGAGGCGGUUUAAGCCUGCACAAAACACAGACCUUAUUUGAAGUAGAUCAAGACAUUCUCUAUGGAAGACAUGAACGGUAAAAUAACGAAGGAACACCUUUCAAAUUCAGCCGCAAGUUAUUACAGGAAUUAUAACGCGUCGACUAUUUCUCUCUAAACCAUAUACCUUUGACUAAUCCGGAAACUAUGACCUCGAAAACAAAACGUUUAUUCCGUUCCGUAUUUUAUCUAACGGGUGGCAUCCAUGAGUCUAAAUAUUCCUGUUACAUUGCACAACCUUCAAUGUUGUCAUAAUAACGUAAAGUUCUGGCAAAUUAGUUUGCAAAGAGCCAGGCGGCCCAAACUGUUGCAUAUACCCUGACUGCGUGCAAUGAACGCAAGAGAAAUGACACAAUUUCACCUGGUUAAUAUUGCCUGCUAACCUGGAUUUCUUUUAGCUAAAUAUGCAGGUUUAAAAAUAUAUACUUGUGUAUUGAUUUUAAGAAAGGCAUUGAUGUUUAUGGUUAAGUACACAUUGGAGCAAUGACAGUCAUUGAUUGAUUGUUUUUUAUAAGAUAAGUUUAAUGCUAGCUAGCAACUUACCUUAGCUUACUGCAUUCGCUAACAGGCAGGCUCCUCGUGGAGUGCAAUGUAAUCAAUGCAGGAUCCCCCGAGCUGACAAGGUAAAAAAUCUGUCUGCCGUUCCUAGGCCGUCAUUGAAAAUAACUGACUUGCCUAGUUAAAUAAAGAUUAAAUAAAGGUGUAAAAAAAAUAAAAAUAAUAAUAAUUGAAAUCGGCCAUUCCGAUUAAUCGGUCGACCUCUACUAUAUAGUACUGUGCGCCUCCCAUAGUCUGUUCAUGACUUUGGGAUUGUGAAGAGACCCUUGGUGGCAUGUCUUGUGGGGUAUGCAUGGGUGUCUGUGCUGUGUGCUAGUAGUUUAAACAGACAUCUUAGUGCAUUCAGCAUGUCAACACGUCUUAGAAAAACAAGUAGUGAUGAAGUCUCCUCCACUUUGAGCCAUGAGAGAUUUACAUGCAUAUUAUGAAUGUUUGCUCCCUCUGUACUUAAGGGCCAAUCGUGCUACCCUGUUCUGAGCCAAUUGUAAUUUUCCGAGGUCCCUCUUUCUGGCACCUGGCCACACGACUGAACAGUAGUCCAGGUGCGACAAAAUCAGGGCCUGUAGUCCCUGCCUUGUUGAUAGUGUUGUUAAAAGGCAGAGCAGUGCUUUAUUAUGGACAGACGUCUCCCCAUCUUAGCUACUGUUGUUUUGACCAUGACAGUUUACAAUCCAGGGUUACUCCAAGCAGCUUAGUCACCUCAACUUGCUCAAAAUCCACAUUAUUUAUUACAUGAUUUAGUUGCGGUUUAUGGUUUGGUGAAUGAUUUGUUGCAAAUGCAAUGCUUUUAGUUUUUUAGAUUUAGGACUUACUUAUUCCUUGCCACCCAUUCUGAAACUAACUGCAGUGUUGCAGUGAUUUCACUCGCUAAAGUAGCUGACGUGUAUAGUGUUGAGUCCUCCUCAUACAUCAAUAAAUCAAAUGUAUUUAUAAAGCCCAUUUUACAUCAGUAGGUACAGAAACCCAGCCUAAAACCCCAAACAGCAAGCAAUGUAGAUGUAGAAGCAAAGCCUGUGGAAUGUCAUUAGUAAAGAUUGAAAAGAAGAAAAAAAAGUAAGGGGCCUAGACAGCUGCCCUGGGGAAUUCCUGAUUCUACCUGUAUUAUGUUGGAGAAGCUUCAAUUUAAAAACAACAAAAAAAAACACUUAUGUUAGACAGGUACAGUGCCUUGCAAAAGUAUUAAUCUCCCUUGGUGUUUUUCCUAUUUUGUUGCAUUACAACGUGUGAUUUAAAUGGAUUUUUAUUUGGAUUUCAUAUAAUGGACAUACACAAAAUAGUCCAAAUUGGUGAAGUGAAAUUAAAAAAAUAACUUGUUUUGAAAGAUUCUCAAAAAGAAAACUGGUGCGUGCAUAUGUAUUCACCCCUUUGCUAUGAAGCGCCUAAAUAAGAUCUGGUGCAACCAAUUACCUUCAGAAGUCAAAUAAUUUGUUAAACAAAGUCCACUUGUGUGCAAUCUAAGUGUCACAUGAUCUCAGUACAUAUACACCUGUUCUGAAAGGCCCCAGAGUCUGCAACACCAUUAAGCAAGGGGCACCACCAAGCAAGUGGCACCAUGAAGACCAAUGAGCUCUCCAAACAGGUCAGGGACAAAGUUGUGGAGAAGUACAAGUCAGGGUUGGGUUAUAAAAAAAUAUCAGGAACUUUGAACAUCCCAAGGAGAACCAUUUAAAUCCAUUAUUUAAAAAAUUGAAAGAAUAUGGCACCACAACAAACCUGCCCACCAAGCUCACGGAGCAGGCAAAGAGGGCAUUAAUCGGAGGCAACAAAGAGACCAAAGAUUACCCUGAAGGAGCUGCAAAGCUCCACAGUGGAGAUUGGAGUGUCUGUCCAUAGGACCACUUUAAGCCGUACACCACCGAGCUGGGCUUUAUGGAAGAGUGGCUAGAAAAAAAGCCAUUGCUUAAAGAAAAAAAUAAGCAAACACGUUUGGUGUUCUACCAAAAGGCAUGUGGUAGACUCCCCAAAUAUAUGGAAGAAGGUACUCUGGUCAGAUGAGACUAAAAUUGCGCUUUUUGGACAUCAAGGAAAAUGCUAUGUCUGGCGCAAACCCAACACCUCUCAGCACCCUGAGAACACCAUCCCCACAGUGAAGUGUGGUGGUGGCAUCAUCAUGCUGUGGGGAUGUUUUUCAUUGACAGGGACUGGGAAACUGGUAAGAAUUUAAGGAAUGGUGGAUGGCGCUAAAUACAGGGAAAUGAUUGAUGGAAAUCUGUUUGUCUUCCAGAGAUUUGAGACUGGGACGGAGGUUCACCUUCCAGCAGGACAAUGACCCUAAGCAUACUGCUAAAGUAACACUCGAGUGGUUUAAGGGGAAACAUUUAAAUGUCUUAGAAUGGCCUAGUCAAUGCCCAGACCUCAAUCCAAUUGAGAAUCUGUGGUAUGACUUAAAGAUUGUUGUACAUCAGCAGAACCCAUCCAACUUGAAGGAGCUGGAGCAGUUUGCCUUGAAGAAUGGGCAAAAAUCCCAGUGGCUAGAUGCGCCAAGCUUAUAGAGACAUAUCCCAAGAGAUUUGCAGAUUUGUAAUUGCUGCAAAAGGUGGCUCUACAAAGUAUUGACUUUGGGGGGUGAAUAGUUAUGCACGCUCAAGUUUUCAGUUUUUUUUUUUUUACCCCCUUUUUCUCCCCAAUUUCGUGGUAUCCAAUUGUUAGUAGUUACUGUCUUGUCUCAUCGCUAUAACUCCCGUACGGGCUCGGGAGAGAGCCAUGCGUCCUCCGAAACACAACCUAACCAAGCCGCACUGCUUCUUAACACAGCUCGCAUCCAACCCGGAAGCCAGCCGCUCCAAUGUGUCGGAAGAAACACCGUACACCUAGCAACCUGGUCAGCGUGCACUGCGCCCGGCCCGCCACAGGAGUCGCUAGUGCGCGAUGAGACAAGGAUAUCCCUACCGGCCAAACCCUCCCUAAUCCGGACGACGCUAGGCCAAUUGUGCGUCGCCCCAUGGACCUCCCGGUUAUGGCCGGCUGCGACAGAGCCUGGGCUCGAACCCAGAGUCUCUGGGGGCACAGCUAGCACUGCGAUGCUGUGCCUUAGACCACUGCACCACCCGGGAGGCCGUCCGUUAUUAUCUUAUAUUGUCCGCUAUUAAUUUUCCAUCCAAGUUAUCAGACCCCGGUGGCUUGUCAUUGUUGAUAGAGAAAAAAAAAUCACCUCUUUCACACUACACUUUACAGAAUUUUAAAUUACAAUGCUUAUCUUUCAUAAGUUGAUCAGUUAUACUUGGAUAUGUAGUGUCAGUGUUUUGAUGCUGACAUGUCAUGCCUGAAUUUGCUAAUCUUGCCAAAGAAAAAAAUCAUUAAAGUAAUUGGCAAUA